AUGUCCUCGUGGUUUGUGGCUAUUCGACAGAGUCAGUGGGACGUCCUUUGGAUGGAUCUUGAGUUUAUGGAGCUUGAAGAUGUCAAGAUCCAGGGGCCCGUCAUGACGGCUAGUCCCCAGCAGGCAGUGUUCGAGGCUCUUUUCUCCGAGGGCAGACGUCUCAAGCUCAACAUCUCCCAGGCUCACGAUCGUGCGGUGACCAUGGCGGGCCACGUGAGCAAAGAGCUUCCGAAACACUUCGUCCUCUUGCACAUCACAAUCAGAACAACCGCGGCAAUGACUGCCUUUCCGGAGUCCAAGUCUGGCCGCAUUUUGCUAGGUGCUCUGCAUUUUGGAGUGGAUGAUCGCAAUGGCCCUGCCAACCUUCGUGGUCACUUCGGGUUGCAGUCCUCGAAUUGGGAUGUGUGCAUCAUGCCUCAUGAGUUGGCGUGUGGUGUCAGCCCCGUGUGCUAUGCCUUGAAUGGCUCCCUGGGAGAGGUCACGCAUUGGAGGUUCAUCGUGGUCAUGGAGACCCCGCCUGAUGUGACCGCUGUGGCCAAGAAUCCGACCGUGUCCGAAGUUCCGCACGGGGUGCUUGGCAUUGGCAUGAAUUAG